AUGCUGCAGAAUAAGGACAGGUUGUUGCAGAAUAGGGACAGGGUGCUGCAGAUAAGGAGCAGAGUGCUUCAGAAUAGGGUCAGGGUGCUGCAGAAUAGGGGCAGGGUGCUGCAGAUAAGGAGCAGGGUGCUUCAGAAUAAGGGCAGGGUGCUUCAGAAUAGGGGCAGGGUGCUUCAGAAUAGGGGCAGGGUGCUACAGAUAAGGAGCAGGGUGCUUCAGAAUAGGGGCAGGGUGCUGCAGAAUAGGGGCAGGGUGCUGCAGAAUAGGGGCAGGAUGCUGCAGAAUAGGGGCAGGAUGCUGCAGAAUAGGGACAGGUUGUUUCAGAAUAGGGGCAGGAUGCUGCAGAAUAGGGGCAGGAUGCUGCAGAAUAAGGACAGGUUGUUGCAGAAUAGGGGCAGGGUGCGGCAGAAUAGGGGCAAGGUGCUGCAGCAGAAGGAUGCCUAUGCCUCCAUGAGCGCAGGAGGAUGCUACUUAAAAGACAGGGUGCAGCCUUCCUAA